UAAUUUAUUCCUAAACCACCCCCGGAGGACGAAUCUGUCCGACGACGAAGCCAAGGUGCGACGCCGAGUAUCCGACGACGACGCCAAGCCCACCGCCCUCCCCUGCGAAUCUACGAAUCUGGGUAGGUGUUGUGUUCUUGAUUGAGGCCGUGUCAGUGAACACUGGAAUUUCCCGCAUGGAGGAGCAAUUCAUACUCAGGGUACCCCCUUCUGUGGCUGAGCAAAUUGACCGCCUUCUGAGUGAGAAUGCUUCUUCUUCAGAAGACAAAAGAUUGGAUUUGUCAUUUUCUGAGGAUGGUAGGACUGGCACAUUUGUCAUAGGAAAUGAGCACUUCCCUGCCGCCCUCUUGGAUCUUCCUUGCACAGUGGAGUCUUACAAAACUUAUGAUGAUAGUGUGCUGAUUAAAACUGCAGAUAUUGGUCAGAUGAUUAUGGUGGGGGAAGAAGGUGAUCCUGCUCCUGAUGCAGUGGAGUAUAGACAUGGCCUCACUCCUCCAAUGAGAGAUGCUCGGAGGCGAAGGUUUCGUAGGGAACUAGAUCUAAAUCCUGAGCUUGUGAAGCGUGUUGAGAAGACUUUGCAGAACAUCAUGGCUGGUGGAACUGCAGAGAAUAUAGAUAUCCUUCAAAGUGAUGCGGAAGUGGGUGAACAAGAGGAAGAUGGUGAAGAAAAUGCACGAAAUGCUGCUAGUAAGAAAGCAGCAGCACCACCCAAGCCUAAUGUUCCCGAGGCUGAGGUGGAGGCUGAGGCUGGGGCAACCGGUGGGGGGGAACCCGAGAGAAGUGAGUCUGAAGAGUCCGAUGAUUCAAUAUAGCCAUCCCCGCCACUGCAGUUUUUCCAGAAAACUGAAGCUAAGUAGCUCAUCCUACACAUAACACAUUCAUUCAUUCAUUCUAAGGAUUCUGCUGCUGCAUUCUUUCAAAAAGCAGAAAUAACUUGGAUGAACAUUUGUCUUUGUCUUUGUAGAAUCAGCCAAGCCAGUUUUGGAACUGGAACCGUCAGUUUCGAUUCCAGAUUUUCUCGAACCGGAACCAUACGGUCGGUUCCGAUUCCAACAGUGUACAACUGAACCGUGGUCAACUAGCUGUAUGCAUGUUUCGGGUUUGUGGGUUAAAUUCCGAAUCUGACCCGAAACUCUUAACAAACCAUUUUCCUCACCACUUCCCUUUUCCGUCUCAGUUUCUCGCUCUCACUCUCUCUCUCUUCACCUUCGCCGCUCAGUUUCUCACAGGUUCACCUUUCCACUUUCUCUCUCUCUCUCUCUCUCUCUGUAUCUCUGUAAGUCUGAGAAUUGAGAUUUAGGGUUGUAGGAUUUGGAGUUAGUUCCCUCCGACGAUGGGUUUCUUCUUUCAUAUGGUCGAAAUUCCCAAGGCUUUAACCCUAGCAUUCUUGUUUGGAUUUUGGAGCAGUCUUAAAUUUGUCGUGAUAGCCUUCCUCAAUGGUUUGGGGCUUUACAAGCCGCCGCCAGAAGAAGACAACGACAAUUCCUCCGGCUACCACCCCAACAGUUACAUUCUCCUCCUCGACGGCACCUCCCCGUCUCUCAUCCCCAUCCCUAUCCACGUCGCCACCGCCGCCGUCAAACGCAAAGUGCCCAUUGUCUUCUUCCGCGACUACCUCCGCCGGGAAGCCGAAAUGGAAAAGCACCGCUGCUGCUGCUGCUCCAUCUGCCUUGAAGAAAUUGAGCUGGAUCACGAGAUCAGGGACCCAGUCACCUGUAAUCAUGUGUUUCACCGGCCCUGCCUCGACACUUGGGUGGACGAGGGUCAGGUCACCUGCCCCGUCUGCAGAUCCAUGCUGCUUCCCAAGAAAUUGGCUUCUUUCCGCCUAGAAAUGCCGGCUCCGGCGCCGGAGCCGGAUGUCAGAUAGAUGUCCGUAUCGGACUAUGGAGUUUUCCUUGACUUUUCUCCUGUAAACUACGGAGUAAUAUUUUAUCAUUGAAUUUUCUUUAAAAUAGAUAAGAUCAUAUAUUUUACACAAUACUUUUUAUUUUUU